AUGAUGUACAUAAUACUAUUUGCAUCUGCCGCUGUGCUUGUGUCAGCUCACCAUGAACAAACCGGUCAGUUUAGAGCCAUAGUGAAAUUAGCAGAACCAAAUGGUGGAGAGGUUAACGGUAACGUGACCUUCACAGAGUUAACCGAUGGUAAGGUUCACAUCCAGGGUGUGAUUGUUGGCAUGCCACCUGGACACUACGGUUUUCAUAUCCACGAAAAAGGAGAUAUAACAGGAGGAUGCCUCUCAACCGGGUCGCACUAUAACCCUGCACAUAAAGACCACGGCCACCCAAAUGACGAGAACCGCCAUGUUGGCGACCUGGGUAACAUCGUAUUCGACGAAAACCGCGUCAGCACUAUUGACUAUGUUGAUGGAAUCAUUAGCUUGACCGGACAGUACCCUAUCAUAGGCCGUGCUGUGGUUCUCCACGCGAAGGCAGAUGACUUCGGCAGAUCGAGCCAUCCUGAUUCUAAGAAGACUGGAAAUGCCGGUGGUCGUGUCGCUUGCGGCGUCAUCGGAAUUUUAGAUCCUGUAUCAGGCUGGAACAAAAACAUGGCUGCUACUUCAACAAUAUGCACAUCUGGCUUCGCAAUCGUGGAUAUUAAGAUUCUGCAGCAGUACGGCGAGCAUCAGGCAACGGGCACCUUCGCAAGUGACGUAAUCAUUCUAGCGACAUGCGUGCUGCUGGUGGCUGUAGCGACUUUCGGCUGUGUUGGAGCGGCGAAGGAAAACGUUAAGAUAUUAUGUUUGUACGUCGGGUUCUUGAUAAUUUUCGUGGUGCUGGAGCUUCUGGUGGCAAUAUUCGUGUCGGUGCAGCGAUACGGCUUGGAGUUCAGGAUUUCGGACUGGAUCCGCAACGACUUCUACCGAAACGUAACUGAGGAUCACCUGGAGCAGCAUCAAAAGCUCUGGGAUGAUAUACAAACGACAUAUGAAUGCUGUGGUCUCAACGGUCCAGAAGAUUAUCGUGCCGUGCAGCAGCCCAUCAGUCUGUCGUGCUGCCCAUGCGCUUACCGAGCACUCACUUCUUACGCGCGACAGCAGCUCUACCAAACUUGUUUGGAGUCUGAGAGCUACUUCAGCGAAGGUUGUGAGGACGAAAUUCUGUACGUGCUCCGAUCGGACGCAGACUGGCUGAUAGGGGUCGCCGUGACAUGUUUUUGGUUUGAGGUUUUUAUAUUUUAUAUCAUGACUGACGCAAUUUUAAAAUUAAAUACAAUGCGCUUAGCACCUCAGAUGCGGUGA